UGCCUUUCUUGGUUCUCUCGUCAACACCCGCUCUUCCAAAACCAUGUCGAGGACCAGCAUGAAGCUCCAGUUGAUUGCCGAUGAUGCUGCGAGGAAGACUUCCCUGAAGAAGAGAAAGAAGGGCUUGCUGAAGAAGGUGCAGGAGCUCAGCAUCCUGUGCGAUGUCGAUGCAUGCGCCAUCAUUUACGGACCCGGCGAGCGCUCCCCGGAGGUGUGGCCCUCGCCGGAGGAGGCCACCCGGAUGCUCAUGCGGCUCCGAGACAUGCCGGAAAUGGAACAGAAGCAGAAGAUGAUGAACCAGGAGGAGUUCCUCUACCAGAAGAUGAGGAAGUUGGUAGACCAACUUCAUAAGCAGGAGUUCGAGAAUAGGGAGAUGGAGAAGAAGCUGAAGAUGUAUGAGGCACUGAGGACGGGGAACUUCAACGACUUGGACAUAGAGCAAGCCAUAAGCCUGUCCAUGAUGAUCGAGAUGAAGUUGAAGAAAAUCUAUGAGAAGAUGGACGCAAUCAGGAAGCACCAGGAGAUGGCCUGGGUUGAUGGAGCAGUGCAAGAGGGUGGGAAUUCGGCUGGGCUGAACGCUCCGUGGGAGAACAACCCAACGGAGCAGGGCAGGGAGAUACUCCAGAGGCAGAAGCAGAUGAUGGAUACGAUGAUCCUCGCAAGGACAAAUGAAACCAAUCAGCCUUCUCCAGGUCCAGCCAACCCAUGGAUGGCUUCCUUCUUCCCCUCCAAUUGAGCAUGGGUGCAUGUCCUUGGCUUUCGUGAUCUGUCUUGUCUGUCCUAUGUUGGGUCCUGUCUUAGUGGUAUCAGGCCAAAAUAAAUAAUAAUACAGUCUAUGCUUUAUCAUAAUCAUUGAGUAUGUCAUGAAUAAAAAACCCUAUGUUUUGGACGACCCUGGUCUGAU